UAAAAUACGAUAAUAUUCAAACCCAUUGAUCGUUUCCAAAUUUCUUCUUAUAAAUAGCUGCUGAGUUCAAGAAUCACAAUGCACCAUUCCUCCUCACUCAUCAGAUUCAAAGCUACACCUCCUUCUUCCUUGAAUUCGAUAAUCACCUCGUUCGUUCUUCAUCUUCCUGCUGUUUGAAUCUUUAUUUCCAUUUUUCAUUUUCAGCUAAAGUUUGAGGUACCGGCUGCUGAUGAGAAACAAGAACUGCUGAAGAAUUAUAUAAGACACAUGGGUGAUCAAGCAGGUCCUUCACAAAGUGAGUUGAGUACUCAAUCUAACCGAAAAAGGGGAAGAGGUUGCACCCGGAUGAAGAAGUUAAAAGUUAAAACUGCACAGGGUCAGAAAUUACAAAUUGAAUUCCAACCAAGUGGAAUACCUUCAGGGGAAAACGCGAAAAAAUUCAAGUACCAGGUGGCUUCCUUUGCUCGGAAGUUUGCUAGUAUUCUGAUAAAUGAUUGGGAUGUUGUUCCUGAUGACGCAAAAAAUGAUAUUUGGAAAUCAAUCAAUGAUAACUGGGAUAUUCCUAAUGAAAAUAUUGUGAAAGUGAAAAAGAAAACUAUGAUAUAUGCACGUGGGCGUUGGAGAGCAUUCAAAAACUCAUUAACAAGUAGAUAUUUAUUUAAGGGGGAUCUAAGUCACAAGUCUCCUACUGAGGCUUACGAUUUUAUUGACGGGCGCACGUGGAAGGAGUUUGUUAAGACGCGAGAUGAUCCUUCCUUUCUGGAGAAAAGAAAAAAUGCACAAAAGGCUCAGGCUAAUAAUAAACAUCCCCAUUUAUUGUCUAAAGGGGGAUAUGCUUUACUUGUGAAAAAGAUGAUGCAAGAAAAAUUAAAAAAUAGACAAGAAGCAGCUGGAGACUCAGAUAUUCCACCUCCAUCUCCACCACAACGUCAUGAAAAGUGGAAAAGAGCCAGACUAAAACCAUCAGGAGAGUAUACCUCAGAAGAAACGCGUCUUGUUGCAAAAAAAAUUGAUUCUCUAGUAUCAAAUGGAUUUGAGCAACAAGGACGUAAGGACAUCUUGACAGAAGCUCUUGGGCAACCUGAACACCCUGGUCGUGUUCGUGCUGUUGGUCAAGGUGUGGGGAUUCGAGAACACUUCGGAUCACAAUUUCAUUCCACCCAAACUGUUAUCAAUGAUGCCCAGCUAGCAGCCUUGAAAGUAGAUCUUACUAAGCAGGUUAAAGAGCAAGCGCCGCAGUCAAUUUACUCUCAUCAAAAUCAAAAUUUCCCAAUUUGUUCUCCUAAUACCGCUCAACACGUUAGCACAAAUGGUAGUUGCUCUAAUGUACAAUCUAUGCCAGAAGAGGAUAUCCCAAAAGAGUGUGAAUUGUAUAUUGAUGGAAGCAUUGUGGCAUAUGCUAAUAUGUACAACCUAGGGCCCACUAUACACAAUCAGGUGCCAACUAAUGAUAUGGUUAGAGUGUCGAUUACCAAGGUGAUAGAUGCAAAGGCUCAAGUACCUGAGCCCACUGAUGAGGUGACAACAGUUGCUGAGGCCGUCAACACUUUCAUUAAAUGGCAAAAAAGACUUUUGCAAGUUAUUGCUAAUAAGGAUUCUCUAGUAUCAAAUGGAUUUGAGCAACAAGGACGUAAGGACAUCUUGACGGAAGCUCUUGGGCAACCUGAACACCCUGGUCGUGUUUGUGCUGUUGGUCAAGGUGUGGAGAUUCGAGAACACUUCGGAUCACAAUCUCAUUCCACCCAGUCUGUUAUCAAUGAUGCCCAACUAGCAGCCUUGAAAGUAGAUCUUACUAAGCAGAUAUUUGCGGAUUCAACUCCCUUUCAUAAAGAUGAAGUUAAGAACUUUCAAGAGUGUUGUCAAAAUAUGAUUAUGAAAUUCACUGAAGCAAAGGCAGAUUCAAGUCCUUUCAAAGUUGAUUUUGACCCCCGCAAGCUAUUAGACGAUAUGGAUGAAUGGUCAUUCUUUCAAAUUGAUAGAAUACAUCGAUACAGUACAAAUUCAAAUUCGUUAAAAACAAAAAGAAUGAAUCUGUAAAUAAACUCACAACAUCUAUGUUAAUAGCAUAAAACGGCAAAAUAUCUAUGCCUACAAA